AUAAAGUUUUUUUUCUUUCCCAUUAUUUUACGCAAUAGUUACAGCUAACUAUUCACUACCAAUUUCUCCACCCCCUCAUUUGCAUAUCCAAAAUGGCCGUGUUAUGUCGUCGGCUUGGAGCUAUUUUGACUGGAAUUUGUGCAGAUAAACUUUAUUGCAGGAGCUGAAGACAAGAAAUGCUCAUUAAAACAAAGAAUUUAAUUUUAUAGUCCUUAAUUUUUGUUUAGAACAUGAAUAUUUUGAAACGUUUCAGUGUUAUUCAUUUAUUUUAACAUGUCUAAAAGGUCAGUAACAUUGGAUUUAUGUUUACUUACCUGUGCUAGGUCUGAGGUGGAGAAUAAUUUAAAAAACAAUCGAAUUUAAAUGGCAGCACCUCUACCUAGUAAUCUGUUCGUAAAGAAUGAGAUCUAAAAUGAGCGAAUACAUUUCUACAGAAGGAAUGUCUAGGGUCAGUAACAAUGGAAACGAAGAGGAAAUUUUGACAGUAAAUAUUUUUAACAACAAUGAAGAUAUUGAUUCAUUAAAGGCAAGGUUGAAAGAAAUUUCAGCAAAUGAUACUGAGAACAUUGAAGAAGAUAACAGCUUUUUAGUGUCUGAAACCAGAAAAGAUACAGAAUGUAACGGCUCAUCCAAUUUAAAUCAACCGGAUGAUGAAGCUCAAUACAUAUCUGAUAACUCUGUCGAACAGACUGACUCGUUAUGCUUGUCAACAGAAACACUAAUAGACAGUGCAGAUUCAAAUUCUAGGCAUCAUUGGAAAGAUCAGACUGUAGAAUCAGGAUUAAAGAGUGGAGUAAAGCAACCGCGGCAUCUUUUUGAAUCCCAUUCUGAUUCAGUAAUAGCUCACAGUAACAAUGUGGUUACUAUGUCAACAACUAAAGUGACAUCUGGAUUACUCAUUUCCCCUACAUCACUUACACAGGAUGUUCACGUUAUAAUGAAAGAUGAAAGACAACGGAUGUCAGCAGUACUUGAUAGUCUAGAUCUUCAUCUUGUUUACAUUCCUACCACUCAACAGUUAGUUGCAACUAAGAAAACAGAAUUGCAAAAUGGUACAAAUGAUUCUGGAGAGUCUACUAGAAAUGGAAGAACUGAUGAAAGUGAGACUGAAUCCUCUGGAUAUAAAAGUAAUGAUACAAGCGGUAUUGUAAGGACACAAAGAAGUAAUAGUUCACCAGUAAAAAUGUCUGAUUCAAGCUCAGUGCAUAGCAUUCAAUUUCUAUCACCAGUGAACUUGGAAGAUACAACUAGUGUGAAUGAAACAGAGUGUUUGAUUAGAAUCAGGGAUCCUGAUGGAAAUUCUUGUGAUAACUCUGAAUUUGUGUGCAAUUUUCCUAGGACUAGUACAAAUGAUUCAUUAUUACGAACUUUUACAGAUGCUUCUAGUCUUUCAAGUUUAAGUACAGGUACUGACUUUUCUGUAUCAGCUGCCUCACUAGAUGAUGGGGAAGGAACAGGGCAUUGUAUAGACACUGGGGAUGGGGGGUUUAUGGAAAUAAACUUGCACUCAAGAAAUUCCUUUGAAAGAGGAAAGAACCCUUCACAAGACAGUGGCUUUGAAGAUAAACAUAGUAAACCAAAGAGAAAAGGAAUCUCUGGUUUUUUAUCAAG